UCCAGAUGUAUCUCCGACAAAAAGAAAUACGUACAGCUUAGCUAAGAACUCUAGAGAGUGCGAAGUAGUGUAUCAUAGCAAUGGAGAUGGUGGGAAGGAAGAGUUUUACUUGGCCAACAAUGGCGGUGGUGCUAACUUGCGCCUUGCUGGUUAUGUUACCCCAAGUCUACUCAGUUCGUUAUAUUGUUGGAUCAAGAUUUGGGUGGACUAGCAAUGUUAAUUACACUAAUUGGGCUAAGGACAAACAUUUCUACAACGGUGAUUGGCUCUUUUUUGUGUAUGACAGGAACCAGAUGAAUGUGCUUGAGCUAAACAAGACCAACUACGAGACCUGCAAUACUGAUCAUCCUCUCCACAACUGGACCACUGGUGCUGGAAGGGAUGUGGUUCCACUUAACGUGACGAAGACCUACUAUUUCGCUAGUGGCAAAGGAUUCUGCUACGGAGGCAUGAAAGUGGCUAUUCAUGUCGAAAAAGCACCUCCACCACCAAAAGCAGCUCCAGUAGUCAGCGCUUCUACAAAUUUGCUCUCCUCAUUAAGGGGGCAGAUAUUGAUACCAGCUCUUUUUGCAACUGCUGCUGUGUGGGAUGCAUUUGUUCUACUCUGGUAGGAUUGUCAAUUAUCCAAAAAAGUUGGAUGGUUCAGACAAUUAGUUAAACCUCAAGUGUUUAGUUUUGUCUUUCGUGUGUUUGUAUUUUCUUUUUCUUGAAAGUUACCAUUUUUUCAUUUCGCUACUGCCAUCAUCAUUUGACCUGAAAAUCAAUUUUUUAUUUCAGAUCAAAUUGGUGGGGUUCAUUUGAAAAAUUUGUUUAUUUAUGUUUACUGGGCUUUACAAAUGUUUCAUUGGAGAAAUUGAUUGCGUGGAUCACGGAGACCGUUCAUGUUACUUCUUUCAUUGGUCUCUUAUUCCGUGUCAUUAAUUGUACCACCUCUCUUUAUUAAUUUUAUCAAUUAUUAAUUUAUUGUAA